UAGGGCUGCCAGGAUUAGGUAAUACGGCCUGCUGCCCCUCUUCUGUCGCGCUGUCUCUUUUCUGCGGGUUUGGACGGAUAAAUUUAAAGAGGACAAGUGGAUGGAUUUAUAUUCCAAGUUUUGUCUAGUUGAGUGUUGUUGUUUGUUUUCGUCCGCCACCAUAUCUUGUUGUUCUCCUCCCCCACGCUCUUCUAUCUCAUUCCCAUCACUUCUCCCUGCUUUUACAGUCUCUCUUGAUUGUCAAGCCCCUUUUCACCAGCUGGCUGUUUCUGAGGCAAGCCCGUGCCGGUUUCUAUAGAUCGAUUUUUUGUCUUUUUUUCAUAUAUCAUUCCGAUAAAAUGGCGGAGGCAUACGCUCAAGGGCCCGCGAGCUGGCAAGACUUUUACGAUCGACUAAAGCAGUACCAGGGAAUCGACAAGGCGGCUAUUUACAGCAUAGAGACCAUGUCGCCCUGUGCCGCCACUCCGGGGUUCACUGCCUUGCCAAAUGAGAUCCCUUUCAUCCUUAAGGCCUUUGAGAAUACCAACGGUGAUGAGCCCAAGGAAGUGGAAACGAAUGGAUUCUCGUUCGCUGGAGAGAAAUACUUCUUCGUGAGAGCAGAGACGGACCCAGAUUGCCUCAUCGGCCGGAAGCUCAGAGAAGGAAUCGUCAUCUGCAAAACCUUGACCACUCUCUUCAUCGCGCACCAGCCACCCGAUAUCCCCAUCUUCCAAGUCAACGAACAUGUCAAAAGCUGGGCUACUUAUCUAAUCAGGUCGGAGGUCGCUCAGGAGGAGGCUAGGAAGGGUCAGGGGGGCGCUUAGAACGCUAAGCAGGAUUAAGAUAACGUAUGACCGGUUUACCAUAAGCGAUGGGAGAGUGGAAUUGAGCAAUCCCAGGAAGUGAAGGCAUGGAAACAAACCAAACAAAUUAAACAAACAAAUGGACAAACCAAUACAUAACUAGUUAACUAAUUAUGUUGUCCAUUGUUAUGACUAGAUACAAGUCAAAUGAAGUGAUUUGAGCAUUUUCCUUUGCAAUUCUUUGUUCUUUUCUUUCUUUCAAAUUGUACCCCCUACACCUCCCCCCUGUUCAUGUUGGAUGUGCUGGAAUAUUGUAUGAGGCUGGUUAUAGUUAGUUAACCUAUGCCCUGUUAUCUAGGCUACCUUAAACAUAGGAACUCAUCUAAGUUAUAUAAUAUAUUCAAUAUCUAAAAGAUGGAUUUUGGUUCAAUCAAUUUCAAAAUUCCUUCUAUUUUUAGACAACCUGCAUUUAUGCCCAACUUCAA